CGUAGCGACAAGUAUUCGUUUUCAAUCGCGUCCAAGCGGUGACAUUGAGCAAUUUCCUGCAAGAUUCAUGCUAUAUUCAGUUCCGGAGGGUUUGUUUGCAGCUACUUGACAGUCGUUUGAAGCUAUCCAUCAUUGGUGUGUCCAGCAAGCGCGGAGAGCUUGUGCUGACUCGACAAGCGUCGACAUGGGGCAGAAAGCUCCAGAGAGCGACUUGUGCCAAGCGCUGCUUGAUUUUGUGAUCGAGGGGAAAUAUCCAGAAUCGGAAGAUGUAGUGGCAUCUGAGUUCCCUUCAUCUGCCGUUAGAGACGAAUUGGAGCGGAUAUCGAAAUCCAGAGAGCAAGCGGAGACAGAAAUCUGCUCCCUAAGUCAAGAAAACGCCUCCGACGUAGACGGGUGGAUUGCUCAAGCCAGACAGCUACAUGCGGAUAUUGAACGAUCGAGAGUGACAGCCCGGGAAAUUGUCGCGCAACAUGAAAACACGAGGCCGAUCCAGCUACAAGUGGAAGACGCCACAGCUAAAGUUGAGCUGUUGAAGACUGAAAUAGCCUUCAAUCAAGCUCUGACAGAGACACUGGAGCAAGUGCACAAGCUUUCUUGUCGCCUUGAUGCUGGCCGAACCUCGCUUGCGGAGGGAGACGUUAUAGCUGCAAUUGAGUCGCUGGAGGAUACAGAAAAGGCCUUGGGAGAGGUCGCCUUCCCUAAGAACAGUAACGUGACGGCUAUACUCUACGAAGGUCUUAACGGACUGCGGCGAUCGAUUAUAGAGGCUCUGCGUGUGCGCUGGGAUUCGCUGGUUCAAUUCGAUAAGAAAAAUCACCGACUAGUUAUAACGGAUCAAAAAGAUGCGUCCUUGGAACUUACUAUUAUCGCACUGUCCCGAGUGAACAUGCUCGAUUCGAUUAAUGACUCCUUUCAAAAGGAUCUACUUGCAUCGAUAUUCAAUCUGAUACUACUUCCAAGUCUUCCAGGAAAGAGCUUCGCAGUCUCUGUGCAGGAAUCUGGUAUUUUUCUUGAGUCCCUCUCAACAGCACCCAUCGCGGAGGUCCUCGAGCGCGUUGCCAGAGUAUUAGGGUAUCUAAAGCAGCAUCUGCCAACUUCAAUAUCGGCGCGGUUGUCGGAGAUAGUCAUCCCUACCAUCAGCUCACAACUUAUUUCAUCCUGGCUUUCGCCGUCUAUACCUACUGACUUAGACGGUCUGCAUGACUAUGAAGACACUUUGGAGCGUGUCCUUCAAUUUUCUAAAACUAUAGAGAAGUUUGGAUGGAAUGGUCAAACAGAACUUGUGUCUUGGGUUAAUCAAGCCCCCCGACUUUGGCUUGCGAGAAGACGAGUCAGCUCUCUUGACGAGGUUCGUAAAGCUUUGGCAGAUAGCAAAGGCACGACGAGAAAAGUCGAGAGGGUGGAAAAGGAGAAGGUAUCGAGCGAAAACGAAGCCUUGCUGGAAGGCGGUGCAACGGAUGAUUGGGAUGCGAGUUGGGAAAAUGAGAAUGAAGAGGCCACGAACGACGCAAAUGCAAAACAUAGCGCAGAGGAUGAGGAAGACGUCAGCGCUUGGGGUCUGGAUGAAGAUGAUGGUGAUACAAAAGUUGACGAGCCUAUCGCGGGAGAGUCCCCCGAGGACGAUGAGGCCGAAGAUGCCUGGGGUUGGGGCGACGACGAGGAACAAGAACUCGACAAGGGUGAAAGCAUGCAAGCGCCUCCCACUGCUGCAAGUUUAAAGCAGGUUAACGGGAGAAGUGAUAAGCAUGCUCCUGCGGAACGGGAGAUUACUUUGAGAGAAUAUUAUACGGUAACAGAUAUCCCCGACUCGAUUCUUGCAACUGUUGUGCGACAAAUCACCGACUCGCACAAUCUAUCGCAAGAAGAGUUUACCACAUCUCGAGUCGCUUCGUCAGCAGCUGGCCUCUUGGCUCUACCGACUCUAAUUCUGGCUAUGUUCCGAGCCACGGCACCCACGUUUUAUACCCUGAAGCUGAACGCAGGUCACAUGUAUCUUUAUAACGAUAGCAUGUUCCUGGCGGAACAGAUACGGAACAUCGUGGAAGAACGUAAAUUCAACAGGCUAAGUUCCGAUGUCGAUGGGCUUGAGAAAUUCGGCAAACUAUCAUACAGCAAAGAGAUGCAGACACAGCGCACAAUCCUCAUAGAUUUGCUUGAUGGGGCCCAAGGAUUCGGUAACUGCUCCCAGCAGCCUUUCCUUGGUGAAUGUGAAAAUGCGGUCAGCGCGACUGUUGAUCGAAUACGGGACGUCUACAAAGAAUGGAAAUCAAUACUUUCACACUCAGCGCUCCUUCAGUCAGUGGGUUCGCUACUUUCGACGGUAAUCAACAAGAUCAUUGUUGAUGUUGAAGACCUUGGUGAUAUCUCGGAGCCAGAGUCCCAGAGGCUAGUGUCUUUUUGCAAUCAGGUCACAACACUCGAAGCUCUCUUCAUGCCCGAAACUAGUGGGGAUACUGAAGCCGUGCCGAUGACAGCAGUCUACGUCAGAAACUGGUUGAAAUUCCAGUAUCUGAUCAAUAUUCUCGAAAGUUCACUUGCUGAUAUCAAGUUCCUUUGGCUCGAGGGCGAAUUGCGACUGGAAUUUUCGCCCGAAGAAGUGAUCGAUCUGAUAGAGGCUUUAUUUGCCGAAUCAGAACAUCGACGAAGAGCCAUUGCGGAAAUUCGAAGGUCAUGAUGGGUCGACUCAAAAUAGUCUACUACUAGGGUCCACUAGGAUAUUAUAAUGUCAUGAUUCAUCAGAAAGACAAUUUGCGAGGGACAUGCUCUCAGCAACUCAGUUGACUUUGGCUUCUUAUUCUAAAAGAGUAAAUAAUAGAUUGAACGAAUCGGCGCGGGACCGCCGUUGCACAAGUGGCCGCCCCGGUCGCCGUAUUUUUUCC